GUGCCGGAGCACACAAGCCUCACACACCAAGCACACCUCUCUUCUUCCUCCGUCUCUCAUUCUCUCCUCCCGAGCUUCAUAGCUCACACGCACACAAAACCAAGGCAAGAUGGUGGGCACGCUGGAUGAGGGGAAGAUCGUCGACUACUUCAGGAACAAGAGCGUGCUCAUCACCGGAGCCACGGGAUUCCUUGGCAAGAUAAUGGUGGAGAAGAUCCUGCGGGUCCAGCCGGACGUGAAGAGGAUCUACCUGCCGGUGCGGGCGGCCGACGCCGCGGCGGCGAGGCGCCGGGUGGAGACCGAGGUGGUGGGGAAGGAGCUGUUCUGCGUGCUGCGGGAGCGCCACGGUGCCGGGUUCGACGCCUUCGUCGCCGACAAGGUGGUGGGGCUGGCCGGCGACGUCAUGCGCGAGGGCUUCGGCGUCGACCCCGCCACGCUGCGGGACCUCCGGCUCGCCGACGAGCUCAACGUCAUCGUCAACGGCGCCGCCACCACCAACUUCUACGAAAGGUACGACGUGGCCCUGGACGUGAACGUGGUGGGGGUGAAGCACAUGUGCGACUUCGCCCGGAGGUGCCCCAACCUCGAGGUGCUCAUGCACGUCUCCACGGCCUACGUCGCCGGCGAGAAGCAGGGGCUGGUUCCGGAGAGGCCGUUCAGGGACGGCGAGACGCUGCGCGACGACGGCACCCAACUCGACAUCGACGCCGAGAUGAGGCUGGCCAGGGACCUCAGGAAGCAGAUGGAGGCCGACGACGAUGUGGACCCCAAGGCCCAGAGGAAGGCCAUGAAGGACCUCGGCCUCACCAGGGCCAGGCACUUUGGGUGGCCCAACACGUACGUGUUCACCAAAUCCAUGGGGGAGAUGAUGCUGGCCCAGAUGAUGCACGGGGGCGACGUGCCCGUCGUCAUCGUCCGGCCCAGCAUCAUCACCAGCGUCCAGAACGACCCACUGCCAGGAUGGAUCGAAGGCACCAGGACGAUCGACGCAAUCCUGAUCGGGUACGCGAAGCAGAGCCUGUCGUGCUUCCUCGCCGACCUCGACCUAACCAUGGACGUGAUGCCCGGCGACAUGGUGGUGAACGCGAUGAUGGCGGCCACGGUGGCACAUGCCUCCUCCACUCGGACAUCAGAGCCAGAGAAGAAGCCGCCUCCGCAGCAGCAACACCCUCACUCGGUGCCGGCAGCGCCAACGGUGUACCACGUGAGCUCGUCGCUGCGGCACCCGGCUCCGUACGCGGUGUUGUACCGAACGGGGAUCCGGUACUUCGAGGAGCACCCACGGGUGGGGCCUGAUGGCCGCCCCGUGCGCACCCGUAAGGUGCGGUUCCUCGGCAGCAUCGCGGCGUUCCACCUAUUCAUGGUGCUCAAGUACCGUGUCCCCCUUGAACUCCUCCGCCUGCUCUCCAUCCUCUGUUGCGGCCUCUUUGGCCUUGCCGCCCUCUACCACGACCUCGCCCGCAAGUACAGGUUCGUGAUGCAGCUGGUGGACCUGUACGGGCCCUUCUCGCUCUUCAAGGGUUGCUUCGACGAUGUAAACCUCAACAAGCUCAGGCUCGCCAUGGCCGACGGUGACCAUGCCGAUUCCGCAUUCAACUUUGACCCCAAGACCAUUGACUGGGACGACUACUUCUUCAAGGUCCACAUCCCUGGUGUCAUGAAGUACGUCCACAAGUGAUGUUCUGUGUGCGAUCUGCUUCUGCGUGCUGAGAAGGAAUGGAGGAAAUCAAAUUAAUGGUAGCGCUAGUGUGCCUUGCUUGUGUUGUGUAACCUCCUUCUUCGUUCAUCGAGUAUUAUUGGUUGAGUAUUGAUUGUAUUGUCAUUGGAAGUUAAAUUAACCAGUGACUAUGAGUAUAACUAAGAUGAAAUUACUUGCAUCA